ACAUUUUGCGAAAGAUGUGGUUAAUUUUAUUAAUAUCUUAUUGCCUGUACUGUCUAUCGCACGCUACCCCAUGGCGUCCUCUGAACCCGAUGCUCGGAGAACAAGUAGACCUCGUUGGUCCGAUAAACGACAGUUUCAUUCCCAAUUGGACUAGGAGCGCCGAGAACGACGAGGCCAGAGGCGCCAUCGACAGUCCCGACUUCAACGAUGCGUUCAAUUCAACACAAAUGCCUUUCAAUACUAUCGAUCGCGAUCGCGAGCCUUUAGACGAGGUGGAACGCAUCGAGCCCAGACAUUGGCCAGUUAGACCAGAUGUACUGUACACGCGAAACGCUCUUCCAUCCACUACGGAGAUCUCGUUGCCGCGGAAUCCGUUUAAUCCGCCCACGCUUGCUCAAAGGGAUCCAUCGACGCAGAGGUACCCUGCAGUGACAGCACCACCCCCCACAGCAUCCGUGGACGAGGUCUUCUGCGACUUUGGUACAUUUCCAGCGCCGACACUUUGCGAGUGGCAGAACGGCAACGACGCUUUGGACUGGGUAGCUGGUACCGGUAUGGGUACCAACUGGGUAGGUGGUCCUUCGAGCGACUAUACAACUGGCACCAUGGAAGGAGGAUAUGCCUUCCUGGAGACGUCCGAGUUACCGUUUAAAGACGGCAAAGUGAAAACUUUGGGAGGAUUGCUGCAUAGCCCUCAGUUAGGUAGUACAGGAGUAGCCGGAACUUGCGUCAUGUUCAAGUACACCAUGGAUGGUUUGAGUAUCGCUGGCUUAAGGCUUCUGCUUCAUGUGGGCACGGACGAGUAUUCUAUCAAGAAGGAACAAACCGAAGAGAUUAGUCCAGAGAAUGCAACGUUAUCAACUUGUAAGCCGGUGGAAGCGUAUAGCGAGCGUGUCAUUUGGAACGCUCAAUAUUACACGCUAGGUAUUUGGCAGCAGGCGCAAAUACUCUACACUUAUCCUGUGUUACAUUCGGUGAUCGUCGAAGGGAUUCCUGUAGAUCCUACUGAUCCAGCGCGUCUGUACAGAGGAUACGUAGCCGUGGAUGACAUAGAUUUGCAGCCCGGUACUUCGUGCGUUGGCUUCUGCAAUUUUGCGAGCGGAUUUUGCGACUGGAGCAACGACGCGGAAGAUGAUUUCGACUGGACGAUUAGUCGAGGAAGUGGAAAUCCAACGACUGGGCCAGCGACAGACAGUUCCACCGAUCGCGCAGCUGCUGGCGGAUACGCCUACAUAGACUCCUCGUUUCCGCGUAGACCAGGAGACAGAGCCAGGCUCCUCAGCACGAGUUUUCCUGCGCCAAGUGCCGAUACGCCCAUGUGCAUGCACUUCUGGUUUUAUAUGUUUGGCGCUGGGAUUGGCACGUUGAAGUUAUUUCUGCGCCACUUUCGUAGCCUGGACGCGCCGCUCCGAGAGAUUUGGAGUUUGAAUGGAAACGCUGGAAACACGUGGUUCGUUGCUCAAAUUACAGUUAGCUCUCUCGACGACUUUCAACUUGUCUUCGAAGCUUCCGUUGGAAACACAGGGAUGGGAGACAUCGCCAUCGACGACAUCUCCUUCACGCAAGGGUCUUGUCCUGUUUCACCUCAAGUUGCCGCGCCAGCGCCACGUGACUGCACUUUCGAAGUGGACGAGUGCGACUGGAUUAAUUCGCGUGAUCCGGAUCGAGUCGAAUGGGAGAGGGUGACUAUUCAGACGCUGAGCCCGAGAAAUCAACGGAAACCGUAUAGCAACGGAUAUACGAUCAACCGAAGAAACGAGUACUUCCUUAAUUUGGGUCGUCCAAGAGGAGGUCCCCGAUCGUCCGGUGGCGGGACGGCACAGCUCGUCAGUCGAGAGAUGAAAGGCACCGAUGAGCCUCUUUGCGUCACUUUUUGGUACUUCAUGUUUGAGUCAUUCAUCGAUGCGACUGGACCAAGUCUAGGGGUACUUCGUCUGUCUAUACAAACGACCGGAGAAUCUUCGUCGGAGUCUAGACCAAUCUGGCAGCUGUACAAUAAUCAAGGACCUACCUGGAAUUACGCACAGGUCAAUAUAAACGAGAGAAAAGAUUUUAGCGUAGUGUUCGAGGGUACUUGGGGCCCUAAUCGCGCUAGCGGCAGCAUUGGCAUCGAUGAUAUUUCCUUUUAUACCGGAAAUUGUACCGUGAAACCGGCAAGUGCAUCGGUAAGAACGGAAGAUUGUAGCUUUGAGAAAGGUUUAUGCGGGUGGGAAAACAUUACUUCCUCGGACAACGAGCGCGCGGUCACUUGGCAGCGCGCAUUUCUUGCUCAUCGCCCGGCACAAUUGUUGGAUAGAACCUUCGGCGCGACUGGAGAUUUCGUCUUUUUUGACAUUUUUACAACGAACAAAAAGUCAGCCGAUGUACGGUUACGAUCACCGAUAAUACAAACGUCACCCGACGAGGAAUCUAUUUGUUUCACCUUCUGGUUCGCUGCUUUCGGAGUCGAAGAAUCCACCAGUUUACAAAUUAUUAAAGCGAAUACCGAAGAUGAAAACGAUGAAACCGAGGGUGCUGAGAAUCAGGAACAACCUUUGUGGUCGCUAACGGCAAAAGGAUUUAAUAACCCAAGACCGGUAUGGACACCCGCGCAAGUCACCAUAGAUGCUCGCGUACCCUACCACCUUAUUUUAAGAGGAAGCGCUAGUAACGGAGGUUUUGCUAUCGACGAUAUCAAAUUUCAGCCUCAAAGUUGCACAAUUCGACCAGUUGCUGCUCAACCCGUCAAUAAUGGAAAUUGAGGUAUCGUAUCGCAUAAAUUAUGAAUUUCAUUUAAGAAUUACAAACUUUUAAAUCGCCAAGCUACUGUAAAUAUCAAGUAAAUAUAAAGUACAUAUCCAGGCUAUAGAUUUGUUUAUGAAAAAAACUUUA